GUCCAGUUGGUGGCGGUAAUUCUUCAUACAAAAUGGCUGCCAACCGCCGUAAAACCGAAAGAAUAAGAAGUUGAUGGGAAGAUGGAGACAAGGGAACGUAAAUCUGCUUUCCAGCAGGACAAUGACCCUAAAUAAAACAACCAGAGCAACAAUAUUAUGGUUUACAUAAAAGCAUGUUCAUGAUCCACCCAAAGUCUUGGCCUAAUCCAGAUACGAGUAUUUAUUAUAUCCAUCUAGUUUGAGUUGCUUUAUAAAGAAUUAAAUGGGCAGAUUUCAGUUUUUAGAUGUAUAAAGCUUGUGGAAAAAGAGUGAAUACAAAUGCCACACUUUUCAUACUUUAAUGCUAAGAAACAAAACACCGUGUAUCUUCCUUCUACGUCAUAGUUAGGCACUACUUUCCGUUUUCUUGUCAUAAAAUUAAUAAUCUAAAAUUAAUACAGUGUGGUUUGCGGUUGUAACAUUAGGAAAAGUUAAAACGUUGUGAAAACUUUUGCGAGGGAUCCUGUGUGAUUGAACUCGAUAGUAGAAACAGGGGAAUCGUGAAUACAAUCAUAUAAAUGGUCCGGCGACCUUCUUGUAAAAAGGGAAUUUCUUCAUUUGUUCGCAUUUAUAAUGCGCCUGUCGUAGUUACAUGUUAAAAUAAACUGUUUCAGAACUAAUUUACUGAGGAAAUGUGUGUAAAAGUGUGYUUUUCGUAACAUUCGCGUUGAUUUUUAGCGUAGUCUAACGCCUAUCACUUUAAAUGGCGUUCAUUCGAUGUUAGCUGGAGGCUAACUACAAUGGCGUCUCAAUCUGGAAAAAUCUAGAAGGAUUUGCUCGUUUUUACGCAUUCUGGUGUUCUAUCCAAAGGCCGAGAAUUACUUUAGACACAGUCUAAUGGCCUACUUUGACAAUUGUUGGCCAUUAACCAACAAUUAUCUGAGCGGCUAGUCCUAGCGUUAAAAGCGAGGAAACGUUGCCGAGACCUCGCGGUGGGGGACCGGGGCUUUGCUCUCGGCGGAAGGAUACACGUUUUGGGUUCUUUGAUGGUUCGACGGCAGAAGGUAGCGAGGAAGGACGGAUCGGCGUGGCACUGUUCCACUGAAGAAGGUCGUCAUAGUAAAAACCAGUUCCCAAGCAGAGUGGAGCAGAGCUGACCGGUCGUUGGUCCAGAGCGGGUUAGAGGUUGUGGAUCUGUCCGUUUGCCAAGGAAGGCAUUAAAAACCUCAUUGGUCUUGUGUCUGGUUCUUUACAGAUCUUGAGCUAAUUUUAAAAACCCCAACAGUUUUGGUCCAGGUCAGCAUUCAUCCAGCCUGCUUCUCCCAGGAGCACUGAACUUCCUGUAAAUAUGGAUUUAGCAGCAGUGAAAACACGCCAGAGUUCGGAUGUGAUCUGUUUGACAUCAGAAGAUGACGAGGACGUGGUUUACAUGUCGACGGAUCAGAAACCCGAUCUGAAGCAGGAGGCUCAGGCGAAGGAGCAGAUCCAGCGCGUGGACAAGCAGAUUCCCGCAAACGAUUUGGUGAACUUCAUCAGAACUUACUUCCAGGAUGAAGUUUACUCAGCGGAGCCGGAGGACAUCAUGGCGGUCGUCACCGACCGGCCGUACUCUGUCUACCUGUACGUAGGUGUGGAGCUGGGCGCGGGACGCAGCGCCAGCGUCCUGCUGAUCGGAUACUUCGACGAGCAUUCAUGCCGAAGCGUGGUGAAGCUGCUGCACACUCUGCAGAUGAGCACCGACAGCGCCGACCCUCGCCAGCCGAUGGACACGGAUGUCAUGGCGCGCGUCGCCGACUCGGACGCCUGGCUGCUGGUGGAGGUGCUGCGGAAGUACGAGCUGCCGCUGUCCAACCUGGUGGCGUUCUACUGCAGCGCGCCGCAGCCGAGCCUGAGUCGGGUGUUUGUGUCGCAGCUGCAGGCGUUCAGCCCCAAGCUGCUGUCGCUCUGCAGCAUCCCGGGGAUCGCAGAGCGCACCUGCCAGGCCGGACUCACCGCUGCCUUCAGCCACGCCGUCGACCUCAUCACAGACGUCCACCGCCACUACUCCAUCUGCCCGUCCAUCAACGGCAGCCUGACGGAGGUGUUCGCCGACACCGGCCCGCACCUCCCACAGUAUCUGCUCCUCGCCCACAGCGUGCAGAAGAUGGCCGCCCGGUGGCAGGACCUGCAGGAGUACUUUAAAUCGCUGAAUGAGGCGGAGGCGUCGAUCCGGAGCCGGCUGCUGGACGACGCGGUCCGGCUGCAGUUCCUGUUCCUGUCCCACGCCUUGGAGCCCCUCAGGGCGCUGAACAAGCUGCAGCAGGGCGGGACGGCGGAGCUGAGCAUGGAGCUGCAGCUCACCUCCAUCCUGAUGGAGUCCUACACCGCCAGCAUCUGCCGGCCGCACGCCGUCGACCGCUUCCUCCUAGAGCGGGAGCUGGAUCUGCUUCACGGCGACGAGCUGCUCCCCGUCGCCGAGGUGAACGUCGGGACGCGCGCGUCGGACUUCAUGUUGGCCUUCGGGCCGAGUGUGGGGGAGCAGAACCUGGCCCGGUUCCUGAGGGACGCCCAGGCGUUCUACAGAGCCGCCCUGCAGAGUCUGGUGGAGAGCAUUCCCGGCCCGCUUGGAGACGUGACGCUCAGGAACAUCGGGCUGAUGCUGAAAAGUCCAGAAAGUAUCACAGAGAAACAUUUUCCCUGGGAGGUGCUGUCGGUGAUGGCCGUCCAGCUGGGGCUCUGCGCCGCCGGGCCUCCAGAGGCGGAGCUGCAACGCAGCUGCUGCCAUUUCAGGAAGCUCAUCCAGGAACGGAGCAGCAGCGACGAAUGUAGCAGCUGGGUGAAGAUCUUGGACAAAAUGAAGCCGUGGCCCACUCUGCACAAGCUGCUUCUGACCCUGCUGGCGCUGCCCAGCUCUCUGCACCAGACACAGGUGUUUGCUAAGGCCUACAGGAACCUGAGAAUCCCUCCCUACAGGGAGAAAACUCCUGUGGCCUCACCGCACAUGGAGGUCUGGGGACAACGAUCGCCAGUCGGUAGGAAGAAACUAGCUUCUCUGGAGGCUUUUGGCUGCCAGAAAGUCAUAGUGAAACAUGGUGAGAGCUCAUCAGAGGAAGAUAAGAGUCCUGCAGUGAAGCCUUUAAUAUAUAAGAAGACGCAUAACAGGAGUGUGGAUGACAUGGACUACACAGACAAUUCCUCAGAUGUGAUCGACAUCACAGAAGAGCCCGUGAAGUCUCCGGCCGGCGAGCGGACGAAGACGAGUGAAGGAAUUCAUCAGGAAGAGUUUAUCUUCAUCGUGACGAGCGAUGAAGAGGAUCAGAUCUGGGACUCGACAACGAAGCUACCGGGUUGUGAAGAAAAAUCUGUUGGGGAGCUGGUCUGGGGUCAGAUCGAGGGUUUCUCCCCGUGGCCCGGCGUCGUCGUCCCUUUUAAAGACCAGGUCCAUCUUCCUCAGAAGAGGAUGGUGGAGUGGUACGGCCAGAGAAUGUGCUCUCAGGUCAGUCUCCAGUCUCUGAAGCCGUUUGCUGCUUUCAGCCAGUAUUUCUGCGCCAACUCCUUUGCAACCCUGGUCACCUACCGAGAGGCCGUCCUCUCAUCGCUGCAGGAGGCAGCGAUGCGCUGUGGGAAGAAGUUUUCUCCUUUGCUCCAAGACAGCGAAGAAGUUCUGAAGCAGGUUCUGGACUGGGCGUUCGGGGGCUUUCAGCCGACCGGUCCGGAGGGACUCAAACCUAAACGAGGUGUUGUUAAAACAUUCACCAGGCCAAAGGUGAAGAAGAAACUUUUUGAAAAGUCCAACCCAGCUCCCGCCUCCUCCACCCCGACGGAGAACAAAGAUGGCGUCGAGAUGAAACACGUAGCCGUCUUGCUCAACAAACUGUCGUGCUCUUCCAGAAAUCCGCCCUCCAGCUCCAAAGCCAACGGGGAAACCAGAUCGGGUUCUGCUGGAAAAAGGUCCAAACCUCCAACUCCCUACAGCGGGAAGCAGGGAAAGGAAAGAUCCCAGAUGGAGAAGGACAAGUGGGACGCAGACUGGGACCAGGUGAAAAGCAAAUGGCAGAGACAGAAAGUCCGAGGGCGGAGCCUGAAGAAGAGCUACCGCUGGCUGUCUGGGGAGGAUAACGACAUGUCGCCGGACUUUAUCCCACAGAGGAAGAGGAGCUACACCAAAACGUACAAUAAGGUCAACGUGACGAGCGGCGUUUACACGCAGCCGGACCAGAAACUCAGAGAGAAGACCAUCAACCAGAUCCUGGACUUGAGCCUCGACAUCGAAGAUUUCUGUUUGUGCUGCGGAACCAAAGAAAUCGAGAUUUCCCACCCGCUCUUCAAGGGAAGCCUCUGCUUGAAGUGCAAAGAUAACUUCACGGAGACGCUGUACCGCUACGAUGACGACGGAUACCAGUCCUACUGCACCAUCUGCUGCUACGGCAUGGAGGUCAUUCUCUGCGGACACGACGGCUGCCACAGGUCUUUCUGUGAGGACUGUCUGAACAUCCUGGUUGGUCCAAGGACGUUCGACUCUCUGAAGGUCGUGGACCCGUGGAUCUGCUACCUGUGCCAGCCUCACCAGCCCCACGGCGCUCUGGUUCCCAGGGAGGACUGGAGGUUUCGCAUCCAGGAGAUGUUUGCCAACAACAGCGCCAUGGAGUUUGAGCCGCAUCGCGUCUACCCGUCUGUCCCCACCGCCAUGCGCCGGCCUCUGCGGGUUCUGUCGCUGUUCGACGGGAUCGGGACAGGCUACUUGGUGCUGAAGGAGCUCGGCUUCAAGGUGGAGAAAUACGUCGCCUCUGAGGUCUGCGAAGAUUCGGUUGCCGUGGCAACCAUCAACCACGACGCGAAGAUCGUCCAUGUCGGAGACGUCCGAUUCGUCUCCCAGGAGCUGCUGGAGAAGUGGGGGCCGUUCGACCUGCUGAUUGGCGGCAGCCCCUGCAACGACCUGUCCAUCGUGAACCCGCUCAGGAAAGGCCUCUAUGAAGGCACCGGCAGGCUGUUUUUCGAGUUUUACCGCAUCCUGCAGCUGCUGAAGCCCAAAGGGGACGACGAGCGGCCGUUCUUCUGGCUGUUCGAGAACGUCGUUUUCAUGAACACGCACGACAAAGUCAACAUCUGCCGCUUCCUGGAGUGCAAUCCUGUGAUGGUGGACGCGGUGAAGGUGAGCCCGGCGCACCGAGCGCGAUACUUCUGGGGAAACAUUCCCGGGAUGAGCAGGCCCAUCAUCGCCUCCCAGAACGACAAGCUGAACCUGCAGGACUGUUUGGAGCUCGGCAGAGAAGCCCGGGUCACCAAAGUGAGAACCAUCACCACAAAUCCCAACUCCCUGAAGCAGGGGAAGGACGUGUCUCUGCUGCCGGUCCUGCAGAACGGGAGAGAGGACAUCCUCUGGAUCACCGAACUGGAAAAGAUCUUUGGUUUCCCCAAACAUUACACCGACGCGAGGAACAUGAACCGGCAGCAGCGGCAGAAGCUGCUGGGCAAGGCGUGGAGCGUGCCGGUCAUCCGCCACCUCUUCGCCCCGCUGAAGGAGUACUUCGCCUGCGAUGAGCUUCCUCCCAUCGCCGCCGCCGCCGCCGCCUGCGUCUCCGCCGCCAGCACCGCGCCGUCCUCGCCCAACUCCCCUGACCUGCAGCAGCUCCGAUAGAUCCGGAGCUGCGCCACGGUUCCGUUUCCCGUCUGGGACGCAGAACUACGUAGUUGGGUGAAAGUAAAUCACUAUUUAACGGUUUAUUAWCUUUACAUUAAGUCUGUUAGCUUUCUACACUGCCGAUCACUCAGUACUCUCAAUUUUAACUAAAUAAUCUCCGUAUUUUGUGCAAUUAAUGGUGUAAUUCCGCUGCCUCUGACCAGCAGCUGUUUUCCUCAGGAAAUGUGUGUGAAUGCACCAGUGUAUCGGUUUUUAAGAUGGAUGAAACAACCUCAUGGUUGAUGAAAUAUUUUUGGGCUGCAUCUGCAGAAUGUGACUCAUGUGAAGCUUUUUAAAAUCAAAACUAGUUGACUGUUUUUAUAAGACUGUUGUAACGUUUGAGUUACUUUUUUAAAAUCUUUAUUGAUUUGGGGUUUGAGCUCUACUUAUAUGGAGGACUGAUCCUGCCAAAAUUAGCCAAAACUAUGGAGAAAAAUUGACUUUGUAAAGUAAUUGCACUAAAAAAAAAGGUAUUAAAAUGUCAAUAAAAAAUUUUCCCAACUUAUCUAAUUAUACAAUGUAACAUGAAUUAUUUGUUAAGAUAACAGAAGAGUAAAAAAAUGCAAUGGAAAAAUUACAGAAGAGAAUAAAUAUAUGAUUUAAAAAGUGACUAAAUAAAUACUCAA